ACAUUGAUGAAUGCUCAGAUGGCUUUGUUCAAUGUGACAGCCGUGCUAACUGCAUUAACCUGCCUGGUUGGUACCACUGCGAAUGCAGAGACGGCUACCAUGACAAUGGGAUGUUUUCACCAAGUGGAGAAUCCUGUGAAGACAUUGAUGAAUGUGGAACUGGAAGGCAUAGCUGUGCCAAUGACACUAUUUGCUUUAACUUGGAUGGUGGGUAUGACUGUCGAUGUCCCCAUGGCAAGAACUGCACAGGAGACUGUAUCCAUGAAGACAAAAUCAAGCACAAUGGUCAGAUUUGGGUGCUGGAAAAUGACAGAUGCUCUGUCUGCUCAUGCCAGAGUGGAUAUGUGAUGUGCCGGCGAAUGGUUUGUGACUGUGAAAAUCCCACUGUUGACCUAUUUUGCUGUCCUGAAUGUGACCCAAGGCUCAGCAGUCAAUGUUUACAUCAGAGUGGAGAGCUUUCCUACAACAGCGGUGACUCCUGGAUACAGAGCUGUCAGCAGUGUCGCUGUUUGCAAGGUGAAGUUGACUGCUGGCCCUUGCCAUGCCCAGAGGUGGAUUGUGAAUUCAGUGUCCUCCCCGAGAAUGAGUGCUGCCCGCGCUGUGUCACUGACCCCUGCCAAGCGGACACCAUUCGCAAUGACAUCACUAAAACAUGUCUGGAUGAAACCAAUGUCGUUCGCUUCACUGGAUCUUCUUGGAUUAAGCAUGGCACAGAGUGCACCCUCUGCCAGUGCAAGAAUGGCCACGUCUGUUGCUCAGUGGACCCACAGUGCCUUCAGGAACUGUGACACCAACAACCACCUCUCACAAGCAGUUUCUGGUUAAAGAAUUUUCCUUCACAAAAAAGACCUUUAGACCAAAAAUUGUACAAAAUUAAAACUAAAAUUAGAUUGGUUUUGUCCAUCUAAAGUGCAGAUAUGUGAUGAACUCAGUUACCUGAAUCAGAGUGAAAUUUAUGGGACUCAAGACAAGCUCAGAUGUUUAAACCUUUGUAUGAGGUUAGGCCCAAAUCUUCUGGCUAUUUGUCUGUCUGACAUCAUUACGCAGAAUAUUUAGGUUAAUGUAAAGUGACACGUAAUGCUGUACAUAAUGAUGUCAAGAUCCAAAAUCAACUAGGAGCUCUUACGGAGUCUUCCGAAGCUUUGAGAGUCCAACACUUGACCAGAUGCAGAGGUUUUUGCCUACUUAUAUUUGGAUCUGCACAAAUGUGUUUGAUUGCUCACUGCAGAAUUUAGCAGAUGUUUGACUAAAAGGAUGAAGCCUUCAGGAAUAAAGAACCUAGCAGCUAAGAUGUGAUAUGUACAGAAUGUGCGCUACAAAAAAAAAAAAAAAAAAAAAAAAAAAAAGUUUUUUAAAAAAAAAAA